AUGGCCUCUCUGAAAGCGCUUCUUGGAUUUGCACUGUACUUUCUUGUACAUACGUCUUUUGCUUCGAAUAUAGCGACAUUCGAGGACGCGAAGUGUAAAGACUCGAAAGAGAACAUCAACGGACCGAAUGGGUAUCCCAACGGUACAUGCACGCGAAUAGACAAGAAGGGAGCGUACAAGAGCUUCCAGGUCGUCGGCCUUGAUGAAGGAUGUAGUGUGACCCUUUACGGCAAGGAUAGCGACCCUAAGUCGUCUUGCUCCUCGCAGACACAGCUCGAAUUCCCACGCAUCGGCGCCUGCUACAAUGCCUCUUGGGUUUACUUCAGCAUCGACUUCUGUGACCCGCCCGAGACACGGUCCUCGUCGACCACAUUGCACGUUACAAGCACACCUGCCGCGUCAAGCACGUCAUCCACUACGUUGACUAGCACGUCGGCCACGACACCAAACAGCACUCCGAAGACCUCGCGUAAGGGCAACACAGGAGCUAUCGCUGGUGGAAUAGUCGGUGGUGCGGUUGCCUUAGCACUUGUUGUUGCAUUGGUCAUUUUCUCUGUUAAACGGAAUCGACGUUUACAGGAAGAAGCCCAGGGACACGCACCAGGUACGGCACCUGAAGAGCUUCCAACUCAGGACGUAAAGCACGAGAUCUAUUCACAUGAGGCCUCACUCCCGCCUCAAGAGAUAGGCAGGAACAGUGUAUAUAUACCUCCUUCGGAACUUCACAGCAAUGCAAUGAAAGGAGGGGCUGAGCCGGGUCCCGCCAUCGAUGUGAAGGCAUAG